UUUCAAUUGAGCACCGGCAUAUGCAGUGAGCGGGCAAAGCGUUGAGCACUGUCAAAACGAUUUAGCAUCGCUCUAUCACACAGUGGUGUUUCGGUGUUUUUGUUAUUUGCUUUGAAUUCAAUUCACUUCAAUCGAAAAUUAGAAAAUUUUGUUUUAUUGAUUGAAUUCAAUAAUAACGGAAACAAAUUGUGCGUUGAUAAUUUAGAAAAGGAGAUUAUUACAAAAUGAAGCUUGUUCGAUUUUUGAUGAAAUUGAGCCACGAAACGGUGACUAUUGAAUUAAAAAAUGGCACACAGGUGCAUGGAACGAUAACCGGCGUUGAUAUUGCGAUGAAUACACAUUUGAAAGCAGUUAAAAUGACCAUCAAAAAUCGUGAUCCCGUUCAAUUAGAUUCGCUCAGCAUACGCGGCAAUAACAUUCGAUAUUUCAUAUUGCCGGACAGUUUGCCAUUGGAAACACUACUUAUUGAUGACACACCAAAAGCAAAAGCCAAAAAGAAGGACGCUGCCAGGUCGGGAACACAACGAGGUGGACGUGGACGUGGUGCGCGUGGAAGAGGUGGACCUCGCGGAAGAGGAGCACCUCGUGGACGCAGUGGACGACGUUAAUGCCAUCAUUGUUUAUCAUCCGAGUGAAUGAAUGAAUACAAUCCUCAUUUUCAAUCAACAACAACAACAUUGCCAUUCAAUUCAGUUCAACUCAUGAGAAAGAGAAGAAGAAGGAGAUAAAACAACAAAUUACAAUAGCUCCUUAUUUUUUUGGAGAUUACAGAAAAUUGUCAAGAAUAAUAAAAUGAUGAAAAAUAUGGAAACAUUCAUAAAUUUAAGAAUUUAAAUAAAAACAACAAUAACAAAAAAAAAGUAUAUAAAAUAAUUCAAAA